AUGGCUGCUGAGGGCACUGCUCUUGGAUCAACCACUCACUCUGAGGCAGAUUCAGCGAGAAGAAGAAAGCCUUCCCCGGAAAAGACAGACUAUGAAAAAUUCCUGACUGAGGAUGUCCCUCAUGAUUUCAGAGAUGAGAGAAGGUCCACACAAGAAAAGACAGUAAACAAACAUGUCCUUACUCAGAAGGAUAUUGCUCCUGAAUAUAGAUAUGACAGCACCUCACCUCAUGAGUACAGAGAUGUAGGUAUAAAGUCUUCUGCAGAAAAUACAACAAAGGAAAUGCUUCUCCGUGAUGAUACAGCCCAUGAAGGCCCAAAAAGGCCUUCUCCAGAAAAGAUGACAAAGGAAAUGUUCCUGAGUGAGCAUGCCCCUCAUGACUACAGAUAUGAAAGAAGAUCUUCGCCAGAAAGGACAGCAAAGGAAAAGUCACAGAGUAAGGAUAUCCAUGAUUUCAAAGAUGAAAGUUUCCAGUGGCCCCCUCCUCCACAAACUGUUAUUGAUGAAACAAGGUUGCAGACCGAAAGUGAGUAUUUUGUGAGCGAAGAAGAAGCUUUGGCUCAGCGCAUCUUAAAAUGGCAAGAAGACGUUCUCACCGAACAAGAAGAAGCUGUUGAAAUAGAGUCUAACUGGGCUUUGGCUGAACAUUCACAACACCCAAAGAAAACUGAUGCCAGUGGACCCGAUGCUGGACACCCUAUUGAACCUGUGAAAGAACGCUCACCUGUGAGAGAACCCUCCCCUAUGAGACAACAUCCCAUUGGUCAGCAUGAAAGUUCCUUUUUUGAACCAGCCUCUUAUCAGAAUGAGAAGUCUCAUACAAUGUCAUUUGGGUCCUCACCUGUGAGAGAACGCUUGCCUGUGAAAGAACGCUCUCCAAUUAAAGAGCGCUCUCCUGUGAAAGAAUCCUUACCUAUGAGACAACAUCGAAUUGGUGAGCUUGUCUCUCAAGAGGAUUGGGCUAUGGCUGAACUUUCACAACACCAUCGUCAGAGAACUUAUGCCAGUGGAGAUGAUGCCAAUGACGGUCCUUCUUAUGAACCUGUUUCUCAUCAUAUAGAGAAGUUUCAUCAGAUGUCACUUGGGUUUCACUCACCGGUGAGAGGGUCCUCACCAGUUAGAGGGUCCUCGCCAGGGAGAGAACCCUCACCUGGUAGAGAGCCCUCCCCUGGCAGAGAACGCUCACUUGGCAGAGUUCGAUCACCUGUGAAAGAAGCCUCACCUGGUAGAGAAGCCUCACCUAGGAGAGGCCGUUCACCUUUGAGAGAACAUCACAUUGGUCAGCAUGGUUCUCAAGCCGAAGUUGGUGCAGAAGGGCCUUCCAAUUGGGAAUCCGACUUAAGACCUGAUGAAAAAGAAAAAGUGUCUAUGAGGACCACAGAGAGGAAAGAAGAACACAGAGAAAUGCUAUCAAAAGAUGACCUUCACCAAAUGGACAUGCAUCAGAGGACAAAGGAAUUUGAUAAGACUUCACCGAAAACAUCACUACCUAUCUUUGUGAGAGAAAUCUCAUCCAUGAAAGUAAAGAGGGGAGAGAUGACAGACUUUAAAUGUCGUUUCCGGGGAGACCCUCAACCAACUGUCACUUGGCUCAAAGAUGACCAUCCAAUCAGUCAAAACCCAGACUUUGAUGUUCUCAUCAAAUUGAAUGAAACCACAUUAACCAUCUACUAUCCGACUAUAUACCAUGAGGGGACAUUUAGUUGUGUUAUCACUAAUACAUUUGGAAAGUCAACCUCCUCUGCCACACUUGAAGUUACUGAGAGUGAGCAAUUAAGAAAAUCACCAUCGCCGGUGGCCUCGCGUAAAGUGAAAGUGACAACAGAUUAUGAAAUGAGUGAAGAAGAUGUUGACCAAAUGAUUGACGAGGAACUUGAAUCAUACAUAGACGUUGAAACGGAUGAGAAAUCCUUUCUACAGGUGCCUCAGGCUGUCUUGUACAGACCUCGUGCUUCAGACUCACAAUAUUCUACUUCUAAUGUCCAGAUCAGGAUCACUGCGCCAACACCAGUCCCAUUCCAAAUGAUUGAAAAAGACACAGAGAUGUCUGAGGACGAUGGCAGUUCCCAUCCUAUGAAACACAAAUUCACAUUCUCCUAUGAUCCGAGUGAUGCCGCUAAGGUAGUCAGUCAAUCUGAGAACAUAAGCUCUUCAGAAGGCCAAACCAGUAAGGUUGAAAGCAGUUCUGAUGUGUACUUCCAACCAGCUGUUGCUAUUGCUGGAUCUUCUAAGGUAGAAGCAGCCAUGGCUGGUGAAUGGGAACAAUAUAUACUAUCUGGAAAUUCAGAAGAUUUGAGGCAGUCCCCUCUGAGUGAUACUGGUGAUAUUACUGACCAGGCAUUGAUGAUGACUUUGGACAGAACUUUAGGUUCUCACAGCCUUAACAAGACUGUUCCAAAAGUAACUAAACCAAAGCAAAGUGUUUCAAAAGAAGAACCUACUGUUACUGGGUGUGGUCGGCAAUCAUCUGCUGCAGUAGUCGAAACGUCACAUAUUAAGCAGGCCUUUGAGACACCUGUGUUGUCAGAGGCACCUGCAUUGUCAGAUACCACUGUUCAUGAAGUGAAAAAGUCCACAGAGUCAUAUUUCCCUGAGGAUAUCCCAGAAGUAUCAAUCCAUCCCGAACAGGAUGAUAUGUCAUUGGUAACUAAUGUUGUGGAAGGAACUCCACUGCAGGCCAAACAAGACACUAUAUUAGUAGAAGGUACACACAUUUCGAGAGAAAGGUCCAUUUCCCCCAAAAGUGGACUAGAGGUUGUCUUACUAGAAGGUAGUAAUACACAAAUUUCGACCAAAGGGAAGACAGUCUCUCCAAAAAGUGCCCCUGAGCAUGGCCAGACCAUGUCUACUACUCAGGAGGAAGACGAGGAAAUCUGUAUGAUUUCAGGAGAAACUGUUGAGGAAGCUGGCGUAAUUGACACCCAUGGUGACCUAAAACACUUUGUUCCCCUCUCAAGUGUAGCAGAGGUGCAGGAGUCACCAAAACUGGUCAGACCUGAGGCAGUUAAGGCAGUAAGGACUAGCCCUUCUCCAGAAAGUAUAGGACCUGGUGUGAUAGAUGAAAGUAUGAAAGAGGACAGUGAAAGUGCAUUUGUUAGUACUGGCAGUAGCUUCCUUCCUUGUGAGAAAGUCCCAGUGUCGGAGACCCCAGAUGAUGUUUCAGCGUCAGUUGGUAAUGAGGUUGUAAAGCCAAAAAGAUUCUCUGGCUCAUUUGCUGCUCCAGAAGUUCAGAGAUUGGACACUGAGUCUUCUGAUCGUGAGGACAUGACUCAUAUGAAUGAAAAUAUGUCUAUCUUUGAACGCUCAAAGGGUAGCACAUUUGUCAGUGUUAGUGGGGCACGUAGUGAAAUUGUUAGUGAAAAAACUGCAGAGGAAAACGAGGAACAUGCUGAUGCUGAGAGUGGUGAGCCUUCAGAGGUUUCAAAAUCAGUGAGUAUUAAGUUCAAAGAAGAUGGUUUUACAGAUGAUCUUGCUGCACAAGGUUCACAACAGCAAGCAGAGGCUAAACCAGACAGUGCUUAUCUAAGUACGGCUGACAGUCAAGGUGCUACAGGUUUGACCUCACUUGAAGAGGAGGCAGUGACCUUCAGUGCUGUUUAUGACUACUACAACCCACCACCUGAGUGGGGCAGACCCCUAUCACCAGAGUCGGAGAUGUCCAUUGAGUGUGGUAGCACAUUUAGUGAGGAAUUAACAGAAAUCGAGCGGUUCUAUACGCCAGCUUCUUCAACUGAAAUUUCGCAGCUCCCGAAAUCUCCCGAAUCUUUCCACACUCCUGAAACUGAAACUCCAGCAGGUUAUAUGACCCCUAAUGAGUAUGCCUUCUCUCCUCUUGAACAUAAAAGAACAUCUACUGACUUCAGUGAGAGGUUAUUUUCUCCUGCUAAGUUCUUGAGGUCACCUGAUGAUGAGGGCAUUGAGACAACUCCACCUGCAUUUAGCUUAGAGGAAGGAAUCUUCCUCUCAGAGCGUGCCCUUGGCCUUGGAGGACUACAGGAAAAAGUCCAGGGAAUCCCUCCAGCUUUCCUCAAACCUCUCACCAAAAGGAGAGUUUUUGAACAAGAUUCGUUAUCGUUUUACGCUGAGGUAUUUGGGUUGCCUUCACCUGAAGUGAAGUGGUUUAGAAACAAAACCCAGCUUGUUGCAGAAGAAAGGAUUACAAUGGAUAGAGAUGGUGACAAUAUCACACUUUUUAUUCAAAACAUUACGAAAGCUGAUCAAGGUGAAUAUAUUUGCGAAGCUGUUAACUAUGUAGGAGAGGCAAAAAGCGUUGCACUAGUUGUAGUUAUAUCCAACGAGGCCAGAUAUAUGCCCCCACCACCAGCAGUCACCCACCAGCAUGUGAUGGAGUUUGAUGUUGAGGAAGAUGAUGACUCAUCGAGGUCUUGCUCCCCUCAGGAGAUUCUAUUAGAGGUGGAGCUGGAUGAAAAUGAGGUUAAAGAGUUUGAGAGACAGGUGAAGAUAAUUACCGUCCCAGAAUAUACAGCUGACAAUAAAAGUAUGAUAAUAUCACUCGAUGUUCUCCCGAGUAUGUACGAGGAGAGUGGAGUUGACUUUGUAACGCAAGAAAGGGAUGAUUUGAAAAUAGCUUUUGAGGUUACAGAAAUGCCACCACGCUUCAUCAACCCAAUUUGUGAUAUGGAAACCCCCGAAAAUACAACAGUAAUGUUUGAGUGUUCUCUGAUGGGAAUUCCCUCUCCCAUAGUAUCAUGGUUUAAAGGUAACAAAAAGAUCCCUCACGAUAACAAGAAAUACUUGUACUCAUCUGAUGGAGACAAUCACUUCCUAAAGAUCAGGAAAGCCAACGCUCAUGAUAGUGGAAUAUACACCUGCAGGGCCAUCAAUGUGGUUGGGGAAACUCUUUGCAGGGCAUCUCUUCUUGUGUUGAAUCCUAAAAGCUUUAUAGGGAAAACAAGAGGAAGAGAAUUGACAGCUGUGUCUCUUGGUAGUGCUAAAGUUCAGCCUCAAAAGUUUGACUUGGUUGUUGGGAAUGAGUUUGACGGUGAGCAGGCAUCAGAAAUAGAGCUGGAAUUUGAAUUUGAGCAGGAAGCUGAUGAAUCACAAAAGGCUGUUAGACUCGUAGCCAUGACAGACAAUGAGAUGAGCGAGCAGGGAGAGAAAUAUGUCAGUAUAAAUUUUGAUGUUUUCGCAGAGCCCGCCAAAGAUGAUAAAAUAGAAUUCAAAGGAAAGUCAUCGGAAUUGUGUAGUUUCCAGUUUCAAAUGACUGAAACUCCACCAAAAUGCAUUGUUCCUUUGACAAACGUCACUGCAGCAGUAGGAACUCCAGUGGUCCUCCAGUGUUUAGUUAAUGGUAAACCUCAUCCCACUGCUGAAUGGUACAAAGACGGGGAUCCAGUGAAAGAAACUAGGUACAUGAUCCAAGAGAAAGCAUCUGGACAUUUUAAUUUGAUCAUAACAAAUGUCACUAAAAAUGAUGCUGGAGAGUACAAGUGUCUCAUCCAAAAUAAAUCUGGAUAUACUGAAACAACUGCUUUGUUGAAAGUGUUCUAAUCUCUUCAUGUAAUUUGUUUUCAUGUGGAUGUUGAACUCAAUUAAGCAAUUGUAUGUUCGAAAAGUAGCUUUUGUUAAUUAUUCUGAGAUACACGCGAAAGGUUUUCUGAAAUUAGGUGUAGAUCUUAUUUAUUGUGUAUAGUGUGUAAUUACUUCACACAUAAGAGUAAUUAUAAAUGUUAUAUAAUCAUGUUUGGUAUGUUUGAAUGUUGAAUGUUUGCUUUUCAAAAUAGUAGAACAAAAGUUAAUGCUUAUAGUUUUACUUAACGUGACAACGUGUAUGAAUACUUACCACCCAUGUGUAAUCAAAACAUUGUUAUCAAGACAUUCGUGUUAGGCCCAAAAUGUCCAAUGUUUUAAUAUUUCAAAUUAAUCAUAUAAUUGAAUAUAUAGUCAUACAUAAUAUAACAAAUAGAAAAAACUCUGAGACUUAUCUAAUUGAUCAGUGGGGAUUUCUCGGACCCAGAUCAAGCGUACUCCUGAACGAAAAAGCAUGCUCAAUGGAGAACUGGGGAUCCAAUUCCCAGUGUGGAGUGUUGAAGUUGGAAUUUACAUUAGGGUAAACAGCAUGACUGUCCGCCCCAGCACCUUUAUUAUAGUUUUUAUUUUGUGGCCCGAAAUUGAGGUGAGGUGCGUAAAUCAGUGUGGUAAAAAUAAUAAUUACGGUUCAUAUUCUGCUGUUCUAUCGCGCGUGCACUGGCUGUUCUAUCGCGCGUGCACUGGCUGUUCUAUCGCGCGUGCACUGAUGUCAGGAAAAACAGUGGGCGUUGUUUUCAGUAACGUUGUUGUUGUAAUAUCCCAAACGGAUGUGGCAGUUUCACCAUUAAGGGUUCCAGCUUUAAGAAGUGCAUGUAAAAUCAUCAAUUAUCAAUGCAACCAUGAUAGUUCCAUCUUAACAUUGAUGCUGUACAAUAAGUGAUGUGCAGAAUUUAAACAUUUUCUUUGUGAAUGAGUUUCUGAUAAUAUUUUGGUUAUUUUGGUUAAUGAUUUAAAAAAUAUAUAUAUUGUACACAAAAAAAUGCAAUAUCUAACACAAUUUUAAUCUAAUAUUGAAUGUACUAUUGUAGAGUUUAUUUUUUCAUUAGGUCUACAGUGGCAAAGUACAUCCAUUCAAAAUAAAGCCUUGGGGUUGGCUGUAAAAUUAAAUUUUUAAAAAGGAUAUGUUCAUUAUAUACAUUAUAUGUGCUGUAAAUAUGUGUUUCACUGUAUGUUUGAGGCAAUUGUAUUCUUAAUGAAUACUGUAUAUUUGGGCUUAUAAAAUAUUUACCAAUUUGACUGAUCUCAAAAAAGUAUGACAUUUGGAAAUGGGAGUAAUUGAAAUUCAUGAUUUGUUUGUACAGAAAUCACUUCAGUUUGUCUCUAACAGUGUUUAUUUAUGUAUAAAUAAAAUAGUUAUAUACUGAUGUA